UGACUUUUUUUACUCUGCUUCUAUCCACCAAACUAUCCGACAUUGUUUAUCUAUUCGGCUUGUGUUGUUGUCCUGUUUUCGUUUCACAAGGGCUUGUUUUCCUGAAUAACAACAAACACAUGAUGCUAAUGCUAACACAUGCUGCUAACCACACUUCGUCGCAAAUCCUCUAAAAACGGUGAUGCGCUUUGGGUCUCUGGCUGCAGACACACUGACCGGUGGAUCCUUGAGAGCUUUAGCUGUGACGGUGUUCCUGAGUGUGUUGAUGCUCCCGCUGCUGAGGACUGUUGGACUGAGAGUGUUCUCCAUGGCCUCUGAGACUUACACACCGGGCACCCACUCUGCCGCCUUCGUCACCUGUCCCAACGACACCGUGGCUAAAACCCUGGCCAGGGGUAUUGUGGAAAACAAGCUUGCUGCUUGCGUCAACAUUGUUCCAGCAAUCACAUCUGUAUAUGAAUGGCAGGGUAAGAUUGAAGAGGACAGCGAGGUGCUGUUGAUGAUUAAAACAAGAAGCUCCAAGGUGCCCGCUCUAGCUGAAUACGUCCGCUCUAACCAUCCCUACGAGGUGGCCGAGGUGAUCAGCCUGCCCAUCGAGCAGGGAAACCCGCCCUACCUAAAGUGGAUCGGAGGAGUCGUUCCUGAAUAACAGCGGUUACUUUUGACUGAUAUUGGAGAACGGUCAUUUUGCAUCGUAAUUCUGAGGAUCUGUACCAAACGAAUAUGUGCAAAGUCUGUGGGAAAAUUGUUCGCAUAAAAUUGUGCAGACUUAUCCAGGACUAAGAGUGGAAGAAUGGUAAAUUAGAUCUGAAAAUGUGUGUGUUCACACCUCAGAUAUACAAAAGAAGUGUGUAAUUUAUCGCUACCUGCCAAAACAGUUACAAGUCAAGACAAAGUGCACAUUAAGUGAAUAGAGAGGACCUGGUGAACGUGAUUCAAACGGUUAAAACUAGUCAUUCUUGUUGCAAAAUAUAAAAUACUAAAACUAAACAUGUCAAAAAGGUGACUCGUAGAUUGGUUUUCUAUGAUUGAAAUCAGUGAAACGUCUGAAAUAUUUCCCUUUAUUUUGCAAAACUAUAAAUUAAAAUACUGAAAAUAAAUGGCAAACAUGAAUAAGAAACUCAUAGGUUGUCCUAACAUGACUACAACUAUGAUACGGCUAAAGUAUGUCCUUUUUGACGCCAUCUUUUAAGUCUUUGAAGUGCUUCAUAUUUUUCACUUCAGUAUGUCGGCCUGCAUCUGUAUUCCCUAAUGUCACGGUGCUGGCUGAACUGUGCUACAGCUUUCUGAACCUGACGCUAAAAUGUACAAAACACAAGGUCUGAUUUCUACUGUGAAAGAUGGAUGCUUCAAUAAAGAGGACGAUGGUUUUUAUGAA